CCGGAACAAGAUCUGAUGAUAUGUAAGAAAUUUCAACUUUCUUUUUAGGUAUGGGGACAUCCAUAACCUGAUUGAUAACUUAAUAAUUUGCCUACAUUAAAAAACCCCCUCCUAUAAUAUUCCAAAAAUGUCAGGUCAAAAAUACGUGGUUGUUGGUGCAGGUCCCGUCGGAUCGCUUGCCGCGUUGUAUGCAGCCAAGAGAGGUCACGAUGUUGAGAUCUACGAGCUUCGAGGUGAUCUAAGAGAUCCUUCAACAACGCCACUAAACUUUACAAAGUCUAUAAACCUAGCCCUAUCAGAAAGGGGCAUCAAUGCUAUGCGACAUGCCAGCCAGCAAGAUCUUCUCGACCAUGUCUCCUCAGCCACCAUCCCCAUGAGAGGCAGGAUGAUCCAUGGCAGACGUCCAUCUGGUGAACUCUUUGAAGAACCUCAGGAUUAUGAUAUCCACGGAAGAACGAUAUUCGCCGCCGACAGGGCCGAUCUUAACAGGCGACUGUUAGAUAUUCUUGGAGCGAUGCCGAAUGUUAAAUUUUACUUCAAUCAUAAACUCACCGGCGCAGAUUUCAAGCGACGCAAAGCGUGGUUCGAAGUUCGCGGUCAGGAUUCGUCGACGGGUCGAGCCGAGGAGAUUGAAGUUUCGUUCGACUUCAUGAUGGGUGCUGACGGGGCUCAUUCGGCCGUCCGAUACCACCUUAUGAAGUAUACUAGAAUGAAUUACCAACAGGAGUACAUCGAUACUCUAUGGUGUGAGUUUCAGAUCAAGCCCAGGGAAGGAGAUGAACUUCGCGAUCAAAAGUCCAAGUUCCGAAUAUCACCAAACCACCUUCACAUUUGGCCCGGGAAGCAAUUCAUGUUUAUCGCUAUUCCUAGCGAGGACGGUUCCUUCACGUGUACUCUCUUUAUGCCCAGCGCAGAAUUUGCGAAACUGGAGGCUGACUCGUCCAAACUGUCCGCCUUCUUCGAUCAACAUUUCCCAGGCGUAACUUCGUUGAUAGAACCAGGCGAACUAAUCUCUUCAUUCGAGACCAACCCACAUCUUCCUCUGAUCAGUAUCAAAUGCCAGCCUUACCACUACUCUAGCUCCGUAGUUAUCUUAGGAGAUGCGGCUCACGCAAUGGUACCGUUCUAUGGCCAGGGCAUGAAUGCAGGACUGGAGGAUGUUCGCAUCCUCUUUUCUAUUCUAGACAAGCACGCCGCGGCCGAAAACAACAACCCGGAAAAACCAGGUUCGAUUGACUUAGCUUUCCAAAGAGGAUUGGCCUUAGCAGAAUAUUCGGCCCUUCGCGUUCCAGAUGCUCACGCUAUAAAUGAUCUCGCUUUACAGAAUUACGUUGAGAUGCGUGCCUCAGUCCUCAGCCCGGCUUAUCGUAUCCGCAAAUAUCUGGAAGAGUUUAUGUCUGUCCAUGUACCAAGCCUGGGAUGGCGGACAAAAUAUUCUCGAGUGAGCUUCGGAAACGAAAGGUACUCAGAGGUUGUCGCCAAAAGUAACCACCAAGGCAAGGUUCUCCUGCGUGGGCUUAUUGCCGUGCUGUGCAGUCCGAUCGUCGCGGGCCUGCUCGGCCUAUAUUGGACCCGACGUCGUUCCCUUGGCGGCGUAUCUCUUCUUGACACAAUUCGCAACUUAAGAAGAUGAUUCCAUAGACUAUUAAAAUGGUAAGGUUUCGCCGUGUAAUACGAGUAAGGCUAUGGGAUACCUCAACUUAAUCGCAUAUGUUCAGUAGAACUCCGAGCAGCAAUUUUCCCACCUGGCCAUCUUAAUGGAAAGCAUGAAGCUCAGCGCUAGCGAUCCGUGCACACAUAAGCCUGCACAUAAGGCCAAGUUCAAUACCCAUACCGCAUUCUAGAUAGAUGUUCUAAGACGCUGCAAAGAAAAUCCAAAGGCCUCGAAUUUCUAUAAAAAGAUGGCAAUGACUUCAUAAUUCAUCUGCAAUGUCUUUCACUGGCUCGACGCUACUGCAUUUAGUAUGCAGCCACCCAUUCAGAUGUAAACAUGUGAACGACAUGUAACAAGUGUGUGUAUGUUGUCUAUGUGAAAGAAAAGAUUUUUUUUUUUAACAAUCACUCAACACUGAAGAAGAGCAGGAGAGCCACGUCACGUGGCUCAUGAGUGGCACACUCACAACAUGUGAGCGGACAAAGCGGACUGUUAAUAGCGGAGCGGAGUCUGUCUCAUGGGCAUUUUCUCCAUUACGGUUACCACGUGAGCGGACUUUUGCCUCCUAUCACUCCUUU